UUCUAGGUAAUUGGGAUUAUGAUGCUGUUGAUCCAUGUAGCUGGGCUAUGGUUGAGACCCUCACCCAUGGACACUCCACGCUACUCCUUGAUUGAAGAGACCGAAGCGCUUAUGGUGGCACCAAAUGGCGGAUACCCAUUUCAGAAAAACGCCCACUUUCUCAAACCCAUUGCGCCUUCCUCCAUUGAUGAGCCUCACUUGCUCUUCUGAAAACCUGGUUGUUGGCCUAGCUUGGAUUGUUCUUGGAUUUAGAUUAGUAAUAUGGUGGAGGCAGAGGCGCAAUAAACAGGCAUUCUUUGAUGUUAAAGACAAGCAUCAAGAAAUUUCGCUUGGGAACUUGAAGAGAUUUCAUUUCAGAGAACUUCAGAUUGCAUCAAAUAACUUCAGCAACAAGUCCCUACUAGGCAAGGGAGGCUUUGGACAGGCUUUGGACAUGUUUACAAAGGAACUCUCUGCGAUGGCACUAUUGCAGCAGUCAAGAGACUUAAAGAUUCAAUUCCAGACCGAAGUUGAAUUGAUCAGCCUAGCAGUUCAUCGCAACCAACAGAAAGGCUUCUAGUUUACCCAUACAUGUCCAAUGGUAGUGUGGCUUCUCGUCUCAAAGGAAGGAGGAUUGUUAUACCUUCAUGAGCAGUGUGACCCUAAAAUUAUCCACAGGCAUGUGAAAGCAGCAAAUGUUCUUGUUGAUGACAAUUGCGAAGCCGUGGUCGGAGAUGCACCAAGAUUCACAUGUCACCACCGCAGCAAAAGGCAGAGUAAAAUAAAUUUAGGGGAAAUUCUAUUAUGCAGCGCUGCAUAGUAUGCAGCCUGCUUUACAAGGCAAAUAUUCCAAAACAAAACACCCCAUCACCCCGUGCAAUGAAAGUAUUUCUAUUAGUGUAUGUAUGCUAUGCAGCGCUGCACAGCAGAUUUACCCUAAAUUUAGACCAAAA